AUGGGUUUUUCGUGGGAAGACGCGCAGGCAGUGCUUGCUGCUGCAGCAGAUCCCCAGCAGCUCGAGGAAAUUGGCCAGCGCCUCUCCACUGAGGAGGAAAAGGAAUAUUCCCAAACCCUCAUAGCCCUCGAAAAAGAAGAGGUUCUCCUCAGGCCCAACCCCAGAAGAUGGGUGGUGCUGCCGAUAGUGCACCACGAAGUGUGGAACAUGUACAAAAAAGCAGAAGCUUCGUUUUGGACAACAGAAGAAAUCGACAUGAGUGCAGACCUCGUCGACUGGGCCACUCUGGACGCCAACGAGCAGCACUUCAUCAAACACGUCCUGGCCUUCUUCGCCGCCAGCGACGGCAUUGUGAUGGAAAACCUCGCGGAGAGGUUUAUGGCCGAAGUUCAAAUUCCAGAAGCUCGGAGCUUUUACGCUUUUCAAAUAGCAGUUGAAAACAUCCAUUCCGAGACUUACAGCGUGCUGAUCGACUUGUACAUUCGCAACGAAAAAGAAAAAGAACAUUUAUUUGAUGCAAUCCACAACAUUCCCGCGGUGGCGGUGAAGGCGGCGUGGGCGGCGAAGUGGAUGAACCGCAGCAAGUCUUUUGCGGAAAGACUCGUGGCUUUUUGCUGCGUGGAGGGGAUUCUUUUUUCGGGCUCUUUCUGCGCCAUUUUCUGGCUCAAAAAGCGCGGACUUAUGCCGG